UUUUCCUGAGUGGAAGCUUGACGGUUUGGGGUUAUCUAAGCAGGGAUCACCAAAUUAAUAAAGUAUAUAUUCCUGAAGAAAUUUUUUGAAUAAACUUGAGUAAAAUUUUUUGAGUAAACUUUGAAUACCAAAUUCAGUAUUUCCCAAGGACUUACAUUCCUAUUUUUUUAAACUCUCACUUGGAAAAUUUAGCAUUUACUGAGCUAAUAUACGCUACAGAAUUUCAAAUAUGUUAUAACCAAUCCUCACAACUCUGAAAGAUUAAAUUUCAGGAUUCUCUCUUUAAAUGAGGGCUUUGAGGUGGAAAAUGACUAGAGUAACUCACUCAAGUGGCAGAGCCAGGAUACAAAUUCACAUUAAUCAAUCUCCAAAGCCAACACUUCCCACUAUGCCUUGCUGCUCAGUUUCACUGAGCCGUGAACAUUACAGUAGAGCAUUAGGACCAGGAGGAACUGCAGGCUGCAGCAAUUACCUUCCCCACGGUUCAGAAGAGCAACACUACCUAACGUAAAACUGAGAGUCUCUACCAAAUAGCAAGGGAAUUCUAACCAUCCUCUGACUGCUAUUCUGAGCUCUUGGUCUUAGAACAAGCAAAGGAUAAAGCCCUGGUAGUAAAAUUAAGUUCCUCGCUGAACUACAGUCCUCAGAUGCCCCAUCAGUCUCCACUCUGUCAAGGUCAUAAGUAACCGAUAGUAAGGAGAACCUGAAAAACGGCACGAGAGGAAAGGCUGAGGUAAUACAGAACUAAUCUAUGCAGCAGGCCUGGUCGUCUGGUGGAUCUGAUCUUGCUUCAACAGUGUUUGUACAGAAUAUACCUGGGGACUCCCUUCUUCCAGCCUCUGCUCACCCUCCAACCUCCUUUCCAGUCACAACCUCUGGGACAAGCCAACACUGUUUUUCGGUGGUUAGCUCCUUAUUGCCAACCAAGCAAGAGCUCCCAGAUCCAUCAGAAUUAUUCCACUGAGGCAGACCGCCAUCAACCACCUGGUCAAUCUGCAUCUGUAGGGCUCCUACACCUGCCUCUCUUGGGGCUUCUACUUUGACUGCGAUGACGUGGCUCUGGAGGACAUGGGUUAACUCUUCUGCAAGUUGGCAAGUUGGCCAAGCCUGGUUAAAGAUGCAAAACCAGCACCGCAGCCACACCCUCUCCCAGGACAUGAAGAAACUUUCCCAAGGUGAGCGGAAUAAAGCCCUGGACCUCAUGGAAGCCACCAUGGCCCUGAAUAAGAAUCUGAACCAGGUGCUUUGGGGUCUGCAUAUCCUGGGUUCUGACUGCACAGACUCCCAUCUCUGUGACUUUCUGGAGAACCACUUCCUGGAUGAGGAGGUGAAACUCAUCAAGAAGAGGGACGACUACCUGACUAACCUCCACAAGCUGACCUGCCCUCAGGCUGGGCUGGGUGAGUAUGUCUUCUAAUGGCUCAUCCUCAAGCACGACUAGGAGCAUCCAGAGCCAAGAAGCCUUUGAGGGGCCCCUCUGCAUUCCCCUGGUGUCAAGAGCUUCUGCCUGAGCCUCUCCCUGCAGCCACUAGGCAGCGUUUUAACCAGCCUGGAGGCCCCUCCCAAGCUGUGGACCAAAUGGAAACAAUAAAUCUUUCUGCAGCAAAAAGAAAAAAAAAAACUAUUCAGGGCCAGCC